CUUACAAUGUCUGCGGCCUCAGCUGGCUCCACUUGGACGAAACAGGGCGAGGAAAAAACAAAAUGGCGUUUGACGGAGAAGGCGUUAUUGUUGUCAUUAUAGUUCUUUGUUCUUAACCAGUGCAUACAUGUACACACAUAUGUUGUUUAAUAGAGUAAACGUUGUUAAUAAGUGUUUGUAUCCAGAUACAUUAGUUUGAGCGUACUUUGACGCGUCUCGCGUAAGCUUAGCUUGCUAGUUAGCUUAGCUUGUUAGCUGCUAACAAAGAGACCCGGAAGUUAUCAACAUAUCGCUAAGCAGAGCUCAAGUGUGAGUGUAAAGUUUUGUGAUUGUGUGAAAAUGUGCGAAAGAACGAUAGCAGAGUACGAGGAGGAACGUUGUCCAACUAAAGAGGAGAAGGAGCGACAACAUCAACUACUGGACGCUGUUUUCAAGAAACAUCAAGUUGUGUUACACAGAACAGACGUCCAGGAGCACCACCACAUUAAAGAGGAAGAUCCACAUCCCCCUUGUGUAAAAAAGGAGGAGGAAGAGCCACAGCCAUCACACAUUAAACAGGAAGAGGAGGAAGUGUGGAUCAGUCAGGAGGGAGAGUGUCUUCUCGGGCAGGAGGAGGCUGAUCUCACCAAGUUUCCACUGACUGUUGUCUCUGUGAAGACUGAAGACCAUGAAGACAAACUGCCUGAGUCCUCACAGCUUCAUCACAGUCCAAACAUCCAGCAGCUGGUUGGUCAUCAAGAAGAACAUCUCCCCCAGUCUCUGGAGGGUAGCUUCACUUUGAAACAGGAGGAGACACAACCCCCCCACUUUAAAUAUGAAGAGGAGGAACUCGGGAUCACUCAGAAGGGAGAGUGUCUUCUUGUGCAGGAGGAGGCUGAUCUCACCAAGUUUCCGCUAACUGUUGUCUCUGUGAAGACUGAAGACCAUGAAGACAAACCACCUCAGUCCUCACAGCUUCAUCACAGUCCUAGUAAGCAGAACAUAGAGGUGGAACCUUCAAGCAGCAGCUCAACUCAACACAUGACAACAGAAGCUGAUGGAGACCACGGUGGAGGAUCACAAUCAGACAACCUCUUAGCUCCUCUAUCAGAUAGUGACGACAUAACGUCAGACAAUGAUGUAACCAUGGAAUCACCCAUGAGAACGCACGCAGGAGAAAAACCCUUUGGUUGUUCAGUUUGUGCAAAGGUUUUUUUUCAAAGAUCUCAUUUAACUCGACACAUGCGAUUACAUACAGGAGAAAGACCUUUCAGUUGUUCAGUUUGUGCAAAAGGCUUUUUUCAAAGCUCUCAUUUGACUCAACACAUGCGAAUGCACUCAGGAGAAAAACCCUUCAAAUGCUCAAACUGCGGAAAAAGGUUUUCUCAAAAAAGAGCAAUGUUGUCACACAUGAAAACACACUCAGGAGAAAAACCUUUCAAAUGUUCAGUGUGUGGUAAAAGAUUCUAUGACAAGCGUAAUAUGCUAAUACACAUGAGAACACACACAGGGGAAACCCCCUAUAGUUGUUCCAUUUGUUCAAAAGGCUUUGUUCGAAACUGUAGUUUGACUAAACACAUGAGAAUACACACAGGAGAAAAACCAUUCAGUUGUUUAGUUUGUGCAAAGGAUUUUUUAAGAAGAACUAGUUUGACCCGACAUAUUAAAAUACACACAGGAGAAAAACCUUUUAGUUGUUCAGUGUGUGAUGAUCGAUUUUCUAACAAAAGUAAUAUGCAAAUACACACGAGAACACACACAGGAGAAAACCCUUUCAUAUGUUCCAUUUGUGGAAAAAGCUUUAUUACAAACUCAAAUUUAACUCGUCACAUGAGAACACACACAGGAGAAAAAACUUUUAGUUGUUCAGUGUGUGGUGAAAAAUUAUCUUGCAAACUUCAUAUUCAGGCACACAUGAAAACACACACAGGAGAAAAACCCCUCAGUUGUUCAAUGUGCGGUAAAAGAUUCUCUGACAAAUGUGAAGCGCAAAUACACAAUAGAACCCACACAGGUGAAAAACAUUUCAGUUGUUCAGUGUGUGGGAAAAUAAUCUCUGACAAGCGUAAUAUGUUGAGACACAUUAGAACACACACGGGAGAAAAAACCUAUAGUUGCUCAGUUUGUGCAAAAGGUUUUUAUAAAAACUCUGAUUUGACUCAACACAUGAGAACGCACACAGGGGAAAAACCUUUUAGUUGUUCAGUAUGUGCUAAAACAUUCUCUGACAAACGCAAUAUGCAAAGACACAUGCGAACACACACUGGAGAAUAACUUUUCCUUUUUUGGAAGUCCUCUUUGCUACACUACUCCUGCAGAGUCAUUAAUGAUCUACUGCAGGGCUCCGCUAUAGUCCAGACUUCGGUCCCUGGGCCAUGUCAGUGGAGACCCAGCCAGCCCACCUUAUGUUAAUACGUUUUCUGCAUCUAUUGCAUAGGAUAAGAUAUCAAUUAUUGAAUACUCAAGGUAAGGGUUCAGCAGGUUUACCUUGUGGACGCCAACAACUCACUUGAGAGCCCAGAGGUGAAGUUUCUCCUUUUCAUCCACUGGCUUCCCCACUCAGUAGCGCAAAAGGUCUUUACCUACUUGCCGGUGGACCCUUCCUCACGCAACCAUCUCUUUGAGUAGCCUGUAUUUUGAGGUGGCUAAGAAUCCUCCACAGUCGACUUUCACGGGGUGCACCUUCACUUUUCAGCCUUUUUUGUCGUGAAUCGGCUGCAAGAUCAGCUUCUUCCGCUUGCAGGCCACACUGCUGCCAGCUUUAGGAAGGCUGGUCCUGCAGGUCACAAAGAUGUUUUCAGUGUUGCUGGACUUGGACAAAGAGAGUGAGAGGGGCUUCCCACUAUACCACUGGUUUUGGUUUGAAAUAUUCAACACUAUUUUACUUUUAUUUUUUAAGUUUCCAACACACACUUGGCAAUUUGCUCAGCAUCAGGCUGACUUUUGACAUAUCAUAAUGGAAUUACACACCUUCAAGAUUAUUCGGCAAACUCCGACAUGAUUAAUAAGAACGGGUGAAUAGUGUGGACAACGAAUGACUAUUAGCCAUAAUCAGUGUGUGUAUUAUAAUAUUCUGCAGUCACAAGGGCUGGGAAUGUGGAACUCACCUUGUCUGGAGCCUGCUUGUCUAAAGUUACACAUUGCUUUAAUUUUGUUGGACCAAACCCAAUAAAGUGCAGUGAAGAAAUGUUUCAAACUUUGUAUGAAAAAUUCAAAUGUGGCACAUUUUGCUGGUUAUUUUACGUCUACUUUGUUUUUUGUUUUUAAAAAUCAUUCUGUUUCUUUUUCAGUCACUAUGUAGUGUCAUUUUUUAAAUAUUUUCGA